AGAGCCUUCAUUGAGAGCAUAGAAUAGAGGCACAGGAUCGGACGGUAACUGACUUUGCUGCCCUAGUUAGUAAAGCCUCGAUCGUAGUUGCACUACUAGUUUUUGGCGAUCUUUCGAAGGCCUUUCAGGUUCCAUUGGCUUCAGUCCAUUGUAUCGUGUGGCGUGGACACCGAAGUGUUGGUUAUAUAGUCUCUAUUGUUUCAAUACAAUACAAUAAUACUAUGUGGAGCCAAUGGGCGAAAGAGAAGAUUGAGAAUGCCAAACUGGGUGAGAAAUUGAAGGAGAUUGGCAAUGCUGUGGCUCCGCCUGCCGAUGGGGAAGAGUAUGACAAUGAGGAGGAGGAGUACUACGAAGAAGGAGAGGAAGAAGAGUAUGAGGACGAGGAUCCAAUGCCCAAAUCACCCUUUGGGUUUGUGGGUCGACUGACACAAGUGUUGGCACCCGAUGCAGACUACGACGAGCCGGAAGAAGAAGAACGACAACAGUACUACGGCGAGGAAGAUUACGAUGAGCAAAACCUUAAUUUUGAAUACGACAACUCGGAGGAAGUAGUUGACUUGCACCCCACGCCAAUAAUGGAUGCGGAACCGAAACCACUCCUCCAAGAACCAGAAUCCUUGAUGCAAUACACACCAGCCGCUCAACCCAAACCAGUAGAUGCGCCACAGAUAGAGGAACACGAUGAUUGGGAUGGAGAUUUUGUGGCGUCGUCGCCACAGCCCAAAAUUGCCACUCCGGAACAGCAACAACAACAAAUGCUAGCAGCAAAACAACAGCAAGAAGCUGCCAGACAAAAGGCAAAAGCAGAGCAAGAAGCAGCAAGACAAAAAAUGGAAGAAGAGCGUAUUCGAAAACAAAAAGAGGCCGAAGAAGCUCAGAGGGCCAAAAAGGAACGUGAGGAGGCGGAAAAGCGCAAGCAACAUGAAGAAAGCUUACGGCUGCAAAAGGAACGUGAGGAGGCGGAAAAACGCAAACAACUAGAGCUUCAACGACGACAGGAGGAAGAUGCAAAGAGAAAGGAACAGGAAUUACUCCGUUUGCAACAGCAGAAAGAAGCCCAACUCCAAGCCAAAAAACAACGAGAGCAAGAAUUGCAGCGAAAAAAGGAAGAGCUUUUGCAGAAGCAGCGGCGCGAACAAGAAUUGAUUGUACAGCAACAGCAAAAGGAAGAAGCCAUGCGCAAACAAAAGGAAGAAGCAGCAGCAGCCAAGGCGGCUGAAAUGAAAAAGCAACAACAAGAAAUGAUGGAACAGAAAAAACAAGAGCAAUUACGACAAAAGCAGCUGGCGGAGCAGAAACGACAACAACAACAACAAAAUCAGCUACUAGCGGAGCAACAACAGGGACAAAAGCCAGCUACGCCACAACAGCAGCAGCCAAAAAAGCUAGCUACGCCGCAACAGCAGCAGAAAAAGCUCGUGACACCACAAAAGAAAAAGGUUGCAACCACCAACUCACAGCAACGCGUUGCCAAGGCAAAUGGAUCUGGUGGGCCUUCGUCGUCGCCCAUCAAAAAAAUCUCUACCGGAAGCAACGCCUCACAACAGGGAUCUCCUAGGCCGACACAGCUGAAACAGAAGGUGUCCUCCGGGUCUACUGCUUCUGCUGCAAGUGCGCAAAAGCAACAACAGCGACCACAAGCAUCGUCUCCAAAGCUAAUUGUCAAAAAAUCGUCCUCAUCCAGCACAAACUCUCAAAGUACCAAACCAACGCAGCAACAAGCAAGGACUGCAACCGCCGGCACUCCCACCCAAAGCCGGUCACAACCAGAUCCAAAGCAGCAACAAAUCAUUGAAGAACAGAAACAACAGCUCAAGCAGUGGGAGGCCAAAUACAAGGCAGUGGAAGAAAAGACGCGGCAACCAGAUCCAAAUCAGCAGCAAAUCGUGGAACAGCAUCAACAUCAGCUGGCCCAAUGGGAAGCCAAGUACAAAGCAACGGAAGAACAGCUGGGCCACGCACAACAUCAAAUCACAGAAAUGGCCCAACAAGCCCAAGCCAAAGAACAGCAAGCUAUGGAAGAGCAUCAAAAUCAACUGAUGCAGUUUCGGCAAAAAGAAGCCCGUCUGUUGGAAGCUCAGGCAGAAGACCAUCAAAUGGAAUUGAAUCGGCAACAGGAAGAGCUGAUCCAGCAAAUGCAACAGAUGCAGGGAAACCACCAGGAGGAACUGGACCAAGCUUUGCAUCAACAACAUCGCGAAAUGGAACAGCUGUUGAGAGAAGCCAACAAUCGAGCGGAAAAGGCCCUCAAAGAGAAGGAUCGUGCCGUAGCCGACGUGGAAAAGGGCGCCUCGAAGCAGGAACAGCAUCAAACUCUUCUUCUUCGACGAGCCGAAGAUCAGCUGGCUCAGUCAAUGGCAGCCAUUGACGAACGAGACGAAGAAAUCCAGAAACUAAACAAAAUGGUCGUCGAAUUGCAGUCAUACAUGAAAGAGCACCAUGCGGACUCGCGAGAGGCAGAGGAGGAAAUGGAUGAGCUGCACACGGAGAAUGAAACACUGCGAGGUCACGCAGAGAGGCUGGGUAAUGAGUGCCAGCGCUUGAAAGCUCAGGUGGAGCAAUUGGAACAGGAUUCAGACCAAUUGAGCAGUACAAAGUUGGAAUUGCAAAUGUUGAGGGAGAAACAUGCUCGAGAGAGUAAUCAGAUCAAACAAAAGGCGGCCUCUGCGGAGAAUACUCAGUCUCAGAUUGAAACUGAACGCGAUGAGGCCGUUUUGGAAGUUCAAGCCUUGCGACAACAACUGGCAGCUGCAGAAGCUGACUUGGCCAUUGCCCGAUCCGACGCCGAACGCAUCAUGCUUGCGAAUGAGAACCUGCAAAGUGCUUUGGAAUCCUUCCAGAAUGAACGGGAGGCCGAGUUGGGGUUGAUGGAGGAACAACGAUUGGACUCGGAAGAGCAACUCAAGGCUGCUCACGCCGCAGCCCUGGAUGCCACCAAAGAGAUGCAUCAGGCUCAAAUCCGAGAGGUUCAGGCAAACUCCGACAAUGAGGUCAGAUCCGUCAUGGCAAAAGUUCAACAGUUGGAGCACGUUGCCGAGGAAUACCGUGUGGACAAUGUUCAAAUGCGUCGUUCUCUUGAUCAGGCCAUUCAGCGUCUACAGGCAACUCAAGAAGAUGUCAUUGAUCGAGCAGUCAUCAAGAACAUUCUGUUGGAUUGGUUGACCAAGACAGAUGCCAAUCAGAAACGUCAAGUCUUGGAGCUCAUGGCCAGCCUGCUGCACUUUACAGACGAAGAAAAGAGCAAGGUGCAUAUUCAAGAAGGCUCCGAGCUACUGGAACGGGUUGUGCACGCUGUUGCGGUUCCCCUGCCUCCCGCAAAGGCGGACAUGGAGCACCUGGAGGGAGAUAAUGUUCGAGAGAAAUGGGUCAGUUUCCUCCUGGAAGAAACUGAAGACUAACUAACUGAAGCUUGAAUGGUUCAGCAGCUAAAACAUAAUAGUACAACAUGAGGAGAUACUAUUUCUUUUUUCGUGCUCGUCCA